CCGGAAAUGCGUGUUUUAGCUUUCUGUGUGCUUAGGUGCCCGAGCUACUGAGGGUCUAGGUCCGGGCAGCCGAAGAGUGUGGUAGGUAACGGUCGUCAGCGCAAGGGUCAUUUCGUCGCUGGGAAGGGACGGCCCUCGCCCGCGGUGAUGGUGGUUAGCAAGAUGAACAAAGAUGCGCAGAUGAGAGCAGCGAUUAACCAAAAGUUGAUAGAAACUGGAGAAAGAGAACGCCUCAAAGAGUUGCUGAGAGCUAAAUUAAUUGAAUGUGGCUGGAAGGACCAGUUGAAGGCACACUGUAAAGAGGUAAUUAAAGAAAAAGGACUAGAACACGUUACUGUUGAUGACUUGGUGGCUGAAAUCACACCAAAAGGCAGAGCCCUGGUACCUGACAGUGUAAAGAAGGAGCUCCUACAAAGAAUAAGAACAUUCCUUGCUCAGCAUGCCAGCCUUUAAGAUUGGAUGAGAUUGUGUUGUUUUGUGGUUUUAUUUCUGAAAGUAAAACUUGCCAUAAAUUAGGAAUCAAUUUCCCAAAAUAAAAUCCUUUUUUUGUAUGAUGGUAUACAGUUUUCAGUAAUGAUGUAUACAUUGUAUUGAUUUUUUCCCUAAAUGUGUUAUUUUAAUAAAUAUCUCAUGAAUGA